GGAAGUUACUGUUAGCAUUAGUUCGUUAGCUACUCACAAGCUAACUUGCUAUAGAAAGUAAACAAGUGUGUGGGAUGAAAUCCACGGCUUCUCAACAAUGAAAGAAGACAAGGAAAACACCCGACCGAAGGAAAAAAGGGUAGAAAUAAAGUGUGAAGAUGGAGAAAAGAUGGAGAAGCCAAAGGAGAAGAAAGAGGCUAUGACAAAGAUUGUGAUCAGACGGCUGCCACCAAGUCUCACCAAGGAGGAGCUGGAGGAGCAGUUACAGCCUCUCCCAGAUGUCGAUUACCUGGAGUUUUUCUCCAACGACACCAGCCUUUACCCCCACCUCUUCUCAAGGGCUUACAUUAAUUUCAAAAAUCAAGAGGAUAUAGUUCUCUUCAGAGACAGAUUUGAUGGAUAUGUGUUCAUUGACAACAGAGGUCAGGAGUAUCCUGCCAUUGUAGAGUUUGCACCUUUUCAAAAGACCGCCAAGAAAAAGAGCAAGAAAAAGGAUGCUAAAUGUGGAACAAUAACUGAAGAUCCUGAUUACAGGAAGUUCCUGGAAUAUUACAACGGAGAUGACGAGAAGUUGGCAUCAACACCUGAGACCUUGUUGGAAGAACUGGAGGCGAGAUCCAAGGAGCUUGUUGGUACCAAAAAAACAACCCCUCUGCUGGACUUCCUGAAGAAUAAACAGAGAAUCAGGGAGGAAAAGAAAGAAGAGAGGAGGAGGAGGGAACUUGAGCGCAAGCGUCUGCGUGAUGAAGAGCGUCGUAAGUGGAGGGAGGAAGAGAGAAGAAAGCGCAAAGAGGCAGAGAAGAUGAAGAGACUUGAGAAACCGCUGGAGAAAGACAAGGACCAAGUUAAAGAAGAACCAAAAAUAAAGCUCCUGAAGAAACCAGACAGAGGAGAUGAUGAUAAUACCGAGAAGCCGAAGGAAAAGACCAAGAAACCAGAGAAGCCAAACAAAGAGGACAAAUUUGCAGGGAGUAGUGAUCACAAGAGGCGUCAACACACUGAAAACAAGGAGGAUCGAGGAGGAAGAAAAGCUGAUGAAGAUGGCCGGAAGGAGUUCAGAGAGCGUGCAGCAGAUCGAGACAGAGACCGCGAACGGGAGCGGGAAAAGGAACGGCGGCAGAAAGAGAAAGAGCGUCUCAGGCGCCAAGAUGAGGAUCGCCGAAGGAGAAGAGAGCGGCAGGACGGAGAGAACACGUGCAAGAAGAGGGAGGAUGAAGUCAGGAAAGAAAAAGAGCGUGUGUUGGAGAAGAAGAAAGCUGAAAAUAAUGCUGACUCUGUGCACGUUGAGAGGCCGGAGAGGCCUGCAAAAGACAACAAGAAGGAGGAGAGCGGGAAAAGAGAGAGGCUACGAAACAAGGACCGACCCGCCAUUCAGCUGUACCAGCCAGGGGCCAGAAGCCGCAAUCGAACUGCUGGAGGAGGAGACUCAAACUCAGCCGACAGAAAACCAGAUACUGAGUCAGAGAAAGUGGCCGACAAAGGAGAAGAUUGAGCCAGUUUCCAACUGAGAAAUUUAAGUUUUUAUUAGCAGAGGGAGACAGACAGGCCUGCCAGGCUCAGAGCAGCAGUGUGGCCCUUCAAGGUGACGUGCACUGCAGGUCAAACAGGGUUGAUUCUGCUUCUCUCAGUCCCAGAGGUCACGGUGUGAUUGUGGAGCCCAUUUAGUGCCUAAACACGGGCCUUUUUAGUUUGAUUUGUUAGGAACGGUAAGCGUGAGCAUUGGAAAGAGUUUGGCUGUAGGGCACGUCAGGUGAGCCUUUGUUGGACCACAUGAACUCAAAGUGGCCUUAUUUCAGUAUUUUCUCUCAGAAGUGAGGAGUUGUAACCCUGAAAACAUGACUUCCUACAUGUUCAUGUAAAAUAUCCCAAACUGGAUAUUUACAACUCCAAUAUUGCCAAAGUCAUUGACAUGGUUUUUGCAGUGUUAAAGGUGAAAUCUCUUAAAGCAUUGCCAUGUUAUCUUAAUUCACACAGGGCUAGAUAAUCCAAAAGUCUGUGCAGAACAUUUAUCAGCAAUCUGUAUUGCUGAAAUAAUAAUUUGAAGGAAGCAGUCUGAAAUCCUGGCUCAGGAUCGUGUGUUUUGUUCAUCCAUUUGAAGAGUGACUAAAGAAAAAGCCAUUUAUGACCAGACUGCCAUGUUACCUCCGUGCCUGCAUGCAGACAGAGUGAUAAAUCUGUGGCCUUCCCUCUUUUUCUAUCAUGAAAUCCCCUUAAACACUAACCUGAAUACAGCAUGAGAAAAUAUCACUGCUGCUGAUGCUAACGUACUGUUUUGACUCGAAAUAAAAAGAGGUCUUUGCUUAA